AUCGAGCUAGAUCGGUUGAACAUUUGGUCCGAGGGGUGCUCUAUGAUCAUCGGAGCUUAGGAACACUGCUCCGACAGGAGUCAGCGAUUGCCCUUCUGCGAAAAGCGGCAGGAAUAUGACGGCGCUGACCAAGUUCAUCUUGAUUCGGAGAUACCGUCCAAGAGGUGGAGUUGUUUUGAGCGGGCGAAUUUCCGUUCGGGGCUAAGAGUUGGAUCAGUGGACCACAGGGCUGGGAGUCGAGUUCCGAGACAUCCUUUUAGUAUCCUUACGGCACCGAGAGUACCCGCCUCACCGGCCGCAAUACAAAGUGUAGCGGCCUUGGUGCAGGGGUACAAUGGAGAACGAAAACAAAGCAAUGGAUUUCGACCCCUUGCUCUCGAUUCGUGAGUCGUUCUGUGACGUCCUGUUCCUCUUGUCUAUCAUCGAUAUUUCCAAGUUGCCGAUAAAGUAGUGACGACAGGUUGUUAUUGAGAAAAUAUUCCCUGGUCGAGUGAGAUCGUCCACAGUCUUGAACGGUCGAAGACCUACGAAUCCCCAAAUAGCACUCUCGCCUCGUGCUCAGUAAUUUUCUUCGGCGCCAUUCCGAUCGGCAGGCUUCUUAGUGUUCCGAGGAGAUAUGUUGAAGCGCCUCUUUGCUAAAAUAGGUGUGAUGGAUGUUGACGGCCAUACUCCACCCCAGGGUUUGGGAGGUAUUUGCGCCGAGCAAGCCAUGCACCUCCGCCGGUCCGCAGCAUACGCCGGUUAAAGAAGACCGCUGGACCUUCCAUCUUAUGACGCAUAUACUGAUCUCGAAUAAGAUGCUCGAGCGCUUGUGGUCCAUCGAUUCCGGUCUGCGCGUUGAGAAUAAUCAGGUGCCUUCGAAUGAUCGGCUUCGGGAUAACAGAAGCCUGGAGUUAUACAGAGAUAACUUCAAAGACAUCAAAGAUACUAACGCCGAAAGAAACAGACAGAGCUUCCCGGUCCAAUUGGUUGAGUCCUGAAGAUACAGAUCUCUGGAGGCGAGUAAAAACACUGCCAUCCAUCUCGCUCGCGAACGUUUGCUGCAUAAGCAUCCUAUCACACCGCGGCCAUUAUGCCGACCAAGCCAUGUGUGUAGUUAUAUCGUAAGCAUGUAGGAUGGCAUCAAGAUGAGCAGAUUUAGUGAAGUCUGUUCAAUCGCCACUGUUGCUCCGGUUGGUAUGUACCAUCUACGGCACCGGCAUCGAACUGGAUC